CGCGCCGGCCCACGCCCGCGCUCCCGGGAAGUCUCGCGAUGCGCGGCCGGCUGCUCCCGCUGCGGGCGGCUCGGGCUGUUGCUGUGGUUGCCUGAGUUGCGGCGGCGGCGCCGGUGGAGGUGGCGGCGGCCGGGCGGAUGUUGACACUGUGUUGUUGUUGCUGCGGACGGUAAUGGCGGCGGCGGCCCGGACCCCUUCCCGUGUGUAGCCGGCGCGGACACAGCCGGGCGCGAACUCCGCGGCCUCUGGGCCGGCGGCGGCGGCGGCGGCGGCGACUCCCCUCAGCCCCCACCGCCGGGCCGCCCGCAGCGGGCGCCGGCCCCGGAGUCAGGCCCCCCUGGGCGGGGGGCGCGGAAGCGCAGGAUGGCGGAUUUCGACGAGAUCUACGAGGAGGAGGAGGACGAGGAGCGGGCCCUGGAGGAGCAGCUGCUCAAGUACUCGCCGGACCCGGUGGUGGUCCGCGGCUCCGGUCACGUCACCGUAUUUGGACUGAGCAACAAAUUUGAAUCAGAAUUCCCUUCUUCAUUAACUGGAAAAGUAGCUCCUGAAGAAUUCAAAGCCAGCAUCAACAGAGUUAACAGUUGUCUUAAGAAGAACCUUCCUGUCAAUGUGCGCUGGCUCCUCUGCGGCUGCCUUUGCUGCUGCUGCACGCUGGGUUGCAGCAUGUGGCCAGUUAUCUGCCUCAGUAAGAGAACACGAAGAUCGAUUGAGAAGUUAUUAGAAUGGGAAAACAAUAGGUUAUACCACAAGCUGUGCUUGCACUGGAGACUGAGCAAAAGGAAAUGUGAAACGAGCAACAUGAUGGAAUAUGUCAUCCUCAUAGAAUUUUUACCAAAGACACCGAUUUUUCGACCAGAUUAGCGUUGAUCGUAUUGAUAGAGACUUUCCAAGUACGUUGUCUUUCCAAUGGUGCCUUGCUCGGUGCUCUCCUGGUGGUGACAUAACAUUGGUUCUACAGAACAGUGUGGUGGUGUUUGUUUGUUUGUUUGUUUGUUUUUUUCUAAAUAACCGCAUGUUCUAAGUGUGCAUUUUUGUCAAACUUUGCAAGUUAUUUCAUACAGAUGUUUAAUACUUAAGUUAUUGUACUCUGUUCUGUUAUGUAUUCUGAGUUUCAAGGAUUACUUUUUUGUAUUAUCAAAAAAAUACAUUUGAACUUAGCAUAAAAAGUGGCCAGCCUUUUUUAUUUUAUCACCAAGGUACACAGAAUCUUUUAUUUAUAAAUUCCUUAACAUAGAAAACACCUUUGUAAGGCUCUACUUAUCUAUUCUAGCAAGCACAAAUUGUAUUAUUUUUUCUUGCUUUUACAUUUAUCCUAGUCGUUAUUAUUUUAAAAGCCUUUGGAACCAGACAUUCCCCCUUCCAUACAAUUCCUAACACUGUUUACAGCGGUUACGUCUGUGCCAUCGUGAAGGCCUGCCUGUCUUCCAAGGUGGUACGGCAGAAUUAAAUUAUUUUUACUCCUAGAGUAGGCAGAUCAAGGGAUGGUGUGCAUGCAUCAGUGGCUCCUAGAGCUCAGGAUCGCAAAGUAGAGUAGCAUCACAAUCCGUAUAUUUUUGGUCGAGAUGAUACUAAUAAUAGCCUUACUUGGGUUAUUUUUAUUGCUUGUCAAAUCUUAUAUAAAAAGAUGGAAGUACUUCUUUUAAACAUUUUUAAGAAGAAUAUUUCUCCAAAUCUAGCAUCAUUGUAGAACUAUGUUUUUGAAAGAAAGCAGAGGUUCUAGAGUGCUGAAUACCCCAUCAUUAUUGAGAGCAGGUUGUUACUAAGAAACGGACGCGGUGUCAUCCACUGGUUCACUUCCAGUUCAGUUAUGUGCAUUUCCUUGACUGAGAAUGUGACCUGUGCAUUGCAAUUAGAUUGGCUUGUUUGAACAUACAUACACACAUUUUUCUCCCUUUUGGUUGUACAUAUCUUCAUGCAUUUUAACAUUUUCUAGAUUUCUGAAUGACUUAUGUGUAAAUUUUUGUUUUCAUAAGCCUGAAAUUAUACAGGUUUUGAUGUGUGUCAAGAACUUGUUCCAUACAACUGUGGUAUCGAGCAAUAAUGUGAAUAACUUUUGAAAUUAUAUAAACUAUGCUUAAUAAUUUGUAUUAAGAAUUGGUACCACUAUACAUUUUUUUCCUUGUAUUAAAUCUUUUAAAUACUAGUUUCAUUAAUUUAUAUACAUGUAUUUUUUAAAAGUAUUUCUUUGUACUUCUCCAGAGUACUGUACUUCUCUAUAUAAGUUUGAAUAGCUAAAUGCCAGUAUCUUAUAUCCUAUAUUGGACAUUAGGAACUGUCUUAAAAACUAGGAUUUUUCAAAAAAGGUUUUUUGUCUGAGAAUUAUUUGUUUCUGUUGCCCUUCAGAUAACAGCUUGAGUUUACAGAACACUUUUCCUGUGAGGAGCUCAAAGUACAAAGGUCAGACACUUCCCCCUUUAUUUCGUGUGUGCAGGGCGUGUCCUGCCACCUUCCAGUGGAGCCCUUGGAAGCUGUGUUUCGGCAACGCCAGUAUCCCCGGGCUUCAGUGUGAGAGACACUCCGUCUCCAGACAGUGCACACUCUGCUGGGAGAGAGCAGGAACACGGAACACGUGUGGCUCCGCAGCACCAUGUUCCCGGUGUGGCCAUUGUGUUGAUCAGCUUUAUGAAAAGAGCUUACCAAUUAGACUUCUUUUGUCCGAUGAUGAUUCUGUCGGUCACAGUUUCAAAAAUCAUUCUGUCCCGGAAAGUGUGUUUUACAGUCCAUAGUUUCCACAGCCAGUGCUGUCCAAGGGCAAGUCUUUGAAGGCUUCUCUGAUUUUACCGAGCCUCGUGGGCGUCGCCUAGAGAUCCCUUGCAGGGUGCACUGUCCACCCGCAGUGUGUGUGGAAGAGCCCGCAAGGCAGGGGGACAGCCAGUUUGCCUUGGACAGUGGGUUUCCCCGCCUGGGUGUUCGUUCGUGGUCUUCAGUGUAACGCCGGCUUAUCGUUUCUCGGCUCCCAAGUUUAAGCACCCGUGCUGCCUGGCAUUUGGGGGACGUUGAGGUGUCCAAGGAAGCGUUUGAAAUGAUGAUGGUCCAGACCCUGUCUUCUGAAGCUCUUAAGCUGGCCAGGAAAAGGUGCUACUGGCAGGAAAUCAGUGGAGGGCUUUGACGUAGGCUAAGUGAGUAGCAUGCCCUUGCAGAAAGGUACCACUGCUGUGUGGAAACAUUCUUUUCUCGAUAAUAUACCUUCUGAACCCUGUUAGACACAGGGUCUUCAAAAAGCUCAUGGAAAGUGUGUAUUACAAAAAAAAAAACAAAAACCACUAU